AAUAUGUACACGCCGCAUGCCAGCCACUACAUGCCUCCGAUGAGCUAUCAAACAUACCAGCAUCACGACAACAGCCCGCUCUCGCAGAACUGGACGCCGACCACAGGAGCCACAACCACCGAAGUUCCAACGCUCAUCACGCCACGUCGUGACUCCAUCUCCUCGAACGAGAAUGAUCAGCCAGCGACUCCAUCCUACGCCGGCUAUCCCACCUUCGCUCACGGUGGUAUCGCCAUCAAUCGUUCACCAAGCGGCGUGUUCACGCAGAGCACGCCUUCGCCGACCUCCAUGGUCGGCCCGUACGGCAUCCCAAUCGUCAAGCAGCCGGACCAGAGCGAUGUCUCACCACGCAUCAAGCUCCUUGUCGCCCGCGAGCCGGCCAUCCCACGUGCCAUUCCAGCGCCAUCGUCACCGCUUAAGCCUCUCGACCGUGCUCUGGAGAACCAGCGUGGUGAGACCAAUGUCUACAUUCGCGGGCUGCACCCGGAGACCACCGACGAGAUGCUGGAGUCUUGGGGUCAGCGAUUUGGCGAUAUCAAGAGCUCCAAGUCCAUCAUCGACAUGACCAACGGCUUGUGCAAGGGGUUUGGCUUCGUGAAGUACCACAACUACGAAGAUGCUGAGAACUGCAUUCGUGGCUUCCAUUACCUGGGCUACGAAGUUAGCUUCGCCAGAGAAUCUUUCUACUCGAAGCUUAAGACUUUCUCCGAUCCGCAAAACACCAACCUCUACGUCUCUAAUCUGCCAAAGUCCAUGAAUGAGCACGAGCUCGGUCAGCUGUUCGCUCCGCACAAGGUGUGCUCUGCUCGCAUUCUCCGCGACAAGAACGGUAACGGCCGCGGAGUCGGCUUCGCUCGAUUUGACACAGCCGAGGCGUGCGAGGAGGUCAUCAGAACAUUCAACAACAAGAGCAUCGAGUCUGGCGACGAGGACCUUCAGAUCCAGAUCCGCUACGCCGACACCCAGGAGCAAAAGAGUUUGAAGCAGCAGACUCAGGCUGCUCGUCAAUUCCGUUCGGCUGAGUACGAGUAUGCCACUCAGGCUUGGCGUCACGGCCGCCUUCCGUACACUGGGUCGUCCGUUCAUGACUCCAAUGCUGGCACCGAGUUUGACCAGUUCCUU